GCGUAGAAUUGAAAGCUAGCUACACUGAAUGAAUUGAAGCGGUUUGGACCAAGUCGGAAAUUUGCCGUUUGUAGGUAUUGUUCAAGAAGAGAUUCCGUGCCAGUUCGUCAUGAAGGUUGCACUUGACCUACCGGAAGGCGUGGAGCGAUUUGACCAACACGGCUUUGCUGUCUUCAAAGACACCACCUUGUUCGAAUCGGAGAGGCACCACCCGACUGAAAUAGACGACUGUAGUCCAGCCCACGUGGAAGCAUGGCAGGCCAUGCUGGCAGACUGGUCUCGGACUCAGACACACGGCAGCAGUAAGCUCAGGUCGUUACUCAAGAAGGGGGUACCACCGUCGCUACGGCAACAACUCUGGCGGAACCUGUUGGGGUGCGAACACACCAGACAGUCCUCAAAGUUCAGCUACAAGGCAAGCGUCAGGUUGAUACGUCGAGAGCUGGUGGAUAUCGGCAUCAGCGAGUAUUGCCUCAAGCACAGUCAGCCGGAAUGGUCGGGCACCGCUGAAUCCGGAGCCAACUUUCCCGUCCCACUAUUAGUCAUUCGACAGAUCACGGUGGACGUGGACCGCACUUUCCCUGCACACCGCCAGUUCAUGGAGGGGUCGCAGGAGGCGAAAGAGGGCCGGGCAUCGCUGUUCCGCGUGCUGGCCGUCUAUGCCCUGUACAACCCUCAGGUUGGCUACUGCCAAGGAAUGUCGUACAUCGCCGGCAUGUUUCUGAUGCAGAUGUCGGACGAAGAGGAGGCUUUCUGGGCUAUGGUGGCGCUCUUUGAGAAACCCAAGUACCUGGCGGGAUACUUUGACCAAUCAAUGCUCAGGAUUCAACAGCACGCAACCGUCUUCAAGCAGCUGAUCACCCACCGACUACCAAAACUCGCCAACCAUCUGGCGUCAAUUGAUCUCCACCUCUUGACCUUCGUCACCCCGUGGUUCAUGUGUCUGUACACCUCCUUCCCGUGCUGGGACACCGUACUGGCCAUCUGGGACCUCCUCCUGCUGGAUGGUAUCAGCACCAUUUUCCGCGUGGCGUUGGCCGUUCUGCGUCUGAGCCAAGACGAGUUGCUCCCGACCACCGACUUGUCACGCAUCCUACCCCGACUUCUACAUCCCCCGCCAGACCUAGUAAGUGCCAAGAACCUCUUGCCAGUGAUCUGGAGGACCACCGUGGAAAAGUGGGAAAUCGACUCACUGCAGGCAAUAGUGGCAGAGGAGUCCGAAGCCAGACCGGGCCGGAAAAGGAGACGCCGUAUUGAUUCGGACGCCAGCGGUGCCGAGAUGGUGGAGAAGCGCCCUCGCAACGGCGAAACCGAAGAGGAAAAUGAGAUGUCGGUUUUUCGGAGAGUCCUUGGCCUGUUUAGAUCGUCCAAUCAGAAAGCACAGCGAGGGGUCUCUACGCGCGCCCAGGCGGCGCGGAUGAGAUCUGCCAGCCGUGCCAAUCAGAGGCGCCGGCCGCCAGGCGUGGCCAAGUCCAGCACGGCACCCUGCCCCUCCCAGAUUGCCGCCCAACCGAAAUCCAAUGCAAGUUCCUCCAGAGAAGGACAGGCACCAGACUCAAGUCUAGUACCUGCCUCCCGCAAGGGCACUGCCGCAUCAAAUGCCAGCAAGGCUCCGUCAACCAAGAGCAAGGAGCCAGACUCGAUUCGUAAGACCGUCACCGCGGCCUCCGUCAAGUGGAGCAAGUUCUUUGAGCCGGCAGCAACCUCUUGCACGUCCCCUUGGAAGGAAGGACUCAAAGCCUUGACCUUCUCUCUCCCCGUUCAGCAAGGUGUGAUGAUAUUCGGAGGAGACAUCAACCAGGCUAGCGCUGCCAUCGCAGGGGAGUCGUCCAAUCCUGUUGAAAACUGCCAGCACAGCACGGCCUUUGGGGACGUCAACAACAACUCCCAAACAGCUGGAGAGACAACGGCAAGGCAACAGACAGAAGUUGAAGACGACCGAAUUUCGCCGUGUGUCAUUGCUACAGAGGACGGCUGCUUGGAUGGCAUCCUGAAACUCGCCCCUCCAAAAUUGCAAUCAGUCAAGCGGGACUCUGCAAAAGGUGUCCGUUUCAGCCCCCGAAGGUCCGCCGACAGGUGCACACUCCAAAAACUGGACAACAUCAAACCGCUCAACACGCCCAGCAGACGUAGAAUAGUCAGCAGAUCGGCCAAGGUGCAGCAUUCCUUCAAGACUUUCCACACCCCAACACCUCUCAGGAGGUCCCAGGUGUCUCGGUUGAAUUCCAGUCCGCAGUUUUCCAGCCCCGAGGUGGAGCUUCAGCCGAUGAGACUCAGAGCUCAACCGAGAAAAGGUACUCACAAGUAGCGGACGGUGAGAAUGACACCAUGAAGCAGUUUCGUUUUGGAGUACAUUUCCUUGAUUGUGAAUAAGAGUACAUUGAAUUUUUUCACGCGAGUAUGAGUACAUUUUCCCGAGUCCGAGUACCCAAAAAAAAUGUACUCAAGUGGAACACUUCCCUAAUGGCCAAGUGAAAAAACCUCAGAACACAUCUCAAGUCUGAAGAAUUUUGAAAACGGCGCUGCCAUUGAUUCCACGUCUGGGACGCAACAGUAAGUUGAAAUUCUUCAAAAAGCCCCUUUACAUAGAGUGGCCACAACUCAAGUGUUGUACGGCUUUUAGAAGUAACCUCACUGAAGUUGGGAAAAAUCAGGCAGAGAAGACUAGUCAGUGAAUUUGAAUACGAUGCAAGCAAUAUACUUUUAAAGACGCAUCAAUACUCAACGGGUAGUUGAAUUUAUGACAGCGCACCUGCUCAUCAAAACGAUUGCAGAGAUGGCGUAAUAACAGGCGGGAAUUACAAAUGUUCAUUAUUUGAAUCUUUUUCAGCGGGGUGUAUUUGAAUUUUUAGUCGCUGAUUAAUGUCAAGCAACCACAUUGAAAUAAAAAUGUGACCUGUCACCACAAAAUGAGCGGAAAGUCAGAAUUUUCAAAAUGAGAUAUUGGCAAAUUUAUUUUUUAAUUCACUAGAAAGAGAGCUUUUCAACGGCAUGUACAUGGAACACUUAGGGUAGAAGUGUAUGUUGACAAUGUGGCAUUCUUCUGGCAGCUUUGCGUCUUUGUUCCCGACAUUGUUUCAACAUUUCAGACCAGGCAUGCAUACUAUACUAUUGUUGUCAUUGCAGAGAAAAAUGACAUUUUUAAAUAUGUGAUUCUACGAAAUAUUUGGAAAUAAAUAGGAGAUGGGUCACCCUUUCCAAAUACAUUGUAUUACAAACCCCCCAAAUUAACCUCCACUUCAAUAUGACUUUGAACCCUCAAAAUAGGAAAGAGCAGGAUGGGAAUUUACUCUCAUUUUGUCGUGACGGGUCACAAAUAAUGGGCAAUUUUGUAAACAGAGAAAAAAAGAACCUUCAUGUGACUAACAACUUUGUGUUCUUUCAGUAGCCUUAAUUUCUACGGCAAAGGUACAUUAAGGUAAAUCUAUUUGUGCAAUGUAACUUAGAUUUGUCAUUACAUUUUCCAAGAGGAUAGAAUAAGUUGUCGAAAGGCAAGUUUGGGAAUCGCUUGUCUAUGAAAUGAAGUAUCUUUGUCCCUCCAAACCAUGUCUGUUAAAAUUUUUCAUGAUUGUCACUGUUGAAAUAAUGAAAGCAGCCAUAUAUCGUAAUUUCUCCAUCUUAAAUUUCUUGUAAAUGAAAUUAACUGAAAAAAAUUCUUUUUUUUCCCCCUGAUAAGUUUUGGGAUAUUCUCUGUCUUUAUAGUCAAACCUGUGAAUUUCAUUGCUUGUAUUAGAAGUAUUUUGCAAGAUGAAGAUACCAGAAAAUGAAGGCUAAACCAUUAUUCGAUUUUUAAAACGAAUUCUUCAAUAUUAACCAGCAUCAUUUUAUGAAUAUCCAGCAACCAUUCAGCCUGCAUUUGUUAUGAAUCAUUUUCAGUUUGAAAAAUUAAUUUUGUUCGGGCAUAAUUGUCCAAUUUGGGAAGAAAUGAUGGGGCUUGGAAAGCAACCUUCGAUAUGUCACAACAAAAUCUGAAACCUUUCAUAAUCGGUGUUAAAUGCAUGUUUGAUUUGAGAAGGAAAAAAUCAGGUUGCUUAGAAUUCAAGUAAAAAGAUUAAUUUUGGAACACCGAAAAGUGAAAAACUGA